AUGGCUUUCACUCCGCAAUCGCUCCCCGAUCUUUCGAGGAGAGUGUAUCUCGUAACGGGAGGUAAUACUGGAAUCGGUUUCAAUACUGUCCUCGAGCUUGCAGCCCACAAUGCAAAGGUGUACUUGGGCGCAAGAUCUGAGGCCAAAGCCAACGCUGCCAUUGAGGAGAUCAAGUCCAGUCACCCUGAUGUAAACAUCUCUGUGUUGAUCAUGGACAUGAUGGACCUCCGGAGUGUGCGGGCGGCGGCAGAAGAAUUUGCAAGAAAAGAGUCGACGCUUCACGGUUUGGUUAACAAUGCCGGAAUCAUGGCAACUCCUUAUGAGGAGUCUAAAAAUCAUUACGAAGCUCAAUUUCAAACGAAUUACCUUGCGCACUGGCUCUUAACCUACCUUCUUUUGCCUAUCCUUACCAAGUCUGCUCGGUCAAGCGAUCCCGGCACUGUCCGGAUUACUAAUGUCAGUUCUGAUGGCCAUCUUUUAUUUGCCCCAUCGACAGGAAUCGAUUUUGAAGACAUCAAUCAGACCAAGGGCAGCGCGUGGUCACGAUACGGAAUGUCUAAACUAGCCAACAUUCUACAUGCGAAAGAGCUAAGCCGAAGAUACGGUCCACUAUCUACAUCUCGCGGACACGGAGAGAUCUGGACAGCAAGUGUGCACCCAGGGACCAUAGACACGAACCUGGGCCAUCAUGCCACCGGUUCAUGGCUAUUCCAAAUGAUCCGCCCUGUCGUACGGCUUUUUGGACUGUACAGCCCAGUUGAGACAUGUGCGUACACAAGCCUCUAUGUCAUCGCAGGAAACGAUUUCGAAAGAGACCAGAGUGGCGAGUACUUUAAGCCUGUGGGAAUUGUUGGCAAAACUUCUCAGCACGGGGAAGACAUGAGGCUUGCGGAAAAGCUCUGGGAUUGGACAGAGCGUGAGAUGAAGGGUGCUGGCCUAAUUGACUCGUAA